AUGACGUGUAACCCUCUCGCGCCGCCUGAGAUUCCUCUCUCGCUUAGUCUUCAACUUCAAUCGCUCUAUCUCUCUCAAUCUCUCAGGCAACCCGCGACAGCGCGACCCUUCUCACUCUCAAUCUCUCACACCGCGCCCUCGUCGUCAGUCUCUCAUCUCGCCAUUUCGAGUCUCGACAGCAAAAGGUUAGCCUCAUCCUCUCUCUCUCUCGGUCUUCAACUUCAAUCACUCUCUGUCUCUCUUAAACUCUUUGUCUCUCUCGGUCUUGAAUCCCAGGCGACCCGCGACAGCGCGACCCAUCUCACUCUCAAUCUCUCACACCUGCCCCUCGCCGUCAGUCCUUCAUCUCGCCGUGAGCUUCUUCUUGCCGUUUCGAGUCUCAACUGCAAAAGACGGAAGCUCUCUACUCCAAACUCUACGAAAAGUACACAAAAAUCAAGAUGAAGAAAUGGUCGGAGUUGGAUGAAAUUGGUAGAGAACAAGAAGAAAAGUUCAAGUAUUAUGAAUCUGGUAUUUCUUUUCCCAUAACUAUGACUACAGCUCAAAUUUUGUUGUUUAUUUACUAUCUUGCAGUUGCAAAGGAGUAGAUACAACAUUUGCGAAAUCAAAAUGAGAGGUUGCACUUGGAAGUUGAUGAGCUGAGAAGUGAAGUGGCUUCAAUUAGGCAUGAAAUUCUAAGUUCUGUUGGAUCCAUUAGAAUUCCGAUUAGGAGAUCAAGAUAAUGGUUGCAUUGUUAAUCUGCUAUGGUAUGAUAGUCCCGAAGAGGUUUCUGGUGGAUCAAGUUCAUGUGCUUCAGACAUUUACCGAUUAGGGGUUCUUUUUGAGGUUCAUAAAUAAAAGCUUUCAAUUGUUUAUCUGUAGUAUAAGUUAAAUAAGAUCUUCAGAUGCAUUCAAUUAUCGUUUUAUAUAAAUGGUAAAAGAUGAUUUUGUUCGGAGUUGUUUUGUUUUUGUUUUUGAUUUUGUGGACUAACGUGGUUGUGCUUGUGACCAGUUAUUUUGUCCAUUUAGCUCAAGAGAAGAAAAAAGCAGGACAAUGUCUAGUCUUAGACAUCAAGUUCUUCCUCCUCAAUUGCUGCUGAAAUGGCCGAAAGUGGCUUCAUUUUGUUUAUGUCUACUGCACCCUGAGCCAAAUAGCCGGCUAAAAAUGGGGUGAAUACUUCUUACAAAAUGGCCUUCUAUCUCAGACUUGGAUUUUUCUUUUCAAAAGUUAUAUAUAUUUAGCCUAAAAAUACGGUGCAUAAGUGCCAAUAUAUCUUGAAAGUGAAAUUCCAUGCCCAAAGAAGCCCGCGCAUGUCAAACUUAGGUUAGGUCAGUAGGAAGGUUGAUGAGCUCAUAACGGUUGCAUUGUUAAUUUGCUAUGUUGCCUCCUAGGCCUUAAGCGUUGAGCUUGAGGAGUUGAAGAGAAGAAGUGCGUAGAAGACAUGAAAUCUUGAAGGUUUAUUUGAGUUUAUAAUUUGAGUUAAGUGGAAUAUUUCUGUAAAAUUUGGACUUUGUUAUGUUUAUUUUAGGUGUGGAAGACUUAGUGUAAUGUUUAUUUUAAAUUUGGACUUUUUGAAGACUUAAACUUUGAUAUUUUUUUAAGUUUGGACUUUGGAAGAUUUAAUUGAUGAUUCUAGUUGAACUUUAAAUAUUUA